CAAAUAGCAGAGUAAUCAUGUCCCCGGUGGGAGUGCGCCAGGAGAAGUUGUGCCCAUAUAAAAGAACACCCGGAUCUCAUGAGCAGGGGGGAAAUCGCCUUCCGGACACCGGUUGCAAAGAAGCUGGUGUCCUGUGUCAGACCAGAGAGCUACCGAAAGGAAGCCAAACAAAGAAGCGAGGAGUCUGGAACCCGGUAAUGUGCGCGCGAGACCCUGCCUCACCAUGGUGCACGAUCUCAUGUUCAUGACAUCCAUCCUUAUGUACCUGUCGUCCUUCGUCGGCAUGGUCGGAAACCUCAUUGUCCUUUUUGCCUUUAUCAGCAACGCCAUCCGGCACAAAUCGCUGCAGCCUCUGGACCGCAUCAUUGUCAACAUGUCCCUGGUGAACUUCCUCCUCUGCUGCUACAAGGCCAUUCCGGGGCUCCUUAUCUUCAGCAGCACCAAGGUGUUUGGAGAACUGGGCUGCAGGAUCCUUCUCUACACGUACCACACCCUGAGGCUGAUCAGCAUCUGGUCGGUGGAGAACCUGAGCUUCCUGCACCUCAUCAAGAUCCGUCGGCCCAGCUACCGGUGGUCCAAGUUCAUUUACCGGCACCAGGGCAAGUACGUCAACAGCACCCUGGCUGGGUGUUGGAUAGUCAGCAUCUUCUUACAGAUACCUUACUUGCAGUAUGAGAAGACGGUGAGCAGAAGGAACAAGACCAUCGCCUACCUGGCGACCUCAACCUGCUUAAGGUCUACAGGGAGCUUUGCCAUGAAGUUCACCACAUACGCCUCGGUUAGUUUGGACCUCGUCUUCGUCAUGCUGGUCAUCGUCCUCAAUGUCUUCAUCAUCGACCUUCUCUGCAAGCACAGCCGAAAAGUGAAAGCUGCUUCUUCGGUUACCAGCGGCAGCUGGAACAAGCACACUGCCCAGGCCACGAAAGUCUUGCUCUCCUUGCUGUCCAUAUACGUGGUCUGCUGGAUCUCCAACGACAUGGUCUGGAUCGCCAUCGCCUCGGGGUACAUCAAGAGCAGCUUCGAAAAUAGCGUCCUCAGCGCCCUCUACGGCAUCCUGUCUUCCGUUUAUUACUCAGCCAGCUCAUACGUUGUGGUCUUUGGCUACAGGAAGGUCCGGGAGUACCUGGUGGAAGCCUGCUGGUGUCUGAGGUGCACCAGGCAAACCAUGGUUGAGAACCUGUCCUAGGAGGAUGUGCCCCACAGAUGGUGGCCAAGUCCAGCCGCCUUGCCCAAACUCACAAAAGGCUGUUCCUCCAUGGGGAAGGAAGCCACAACCUGAGAGAAAACAGAUCACAGUUUGGGAGCCAAUGUUCCUUCAGAAUAUCAGCUAUUCAUCUCCUGGAUCUUGACCAGUUGAUGUGUUCAGCAUCCUCGUUGGUGGGAAAGGAUGUAAGAAGACUUCACAAGGAGGAUGGCAGCCAGAUGGGCAUGGAGAACUCAUAAUUGUUGCACUGGAUUCUGGCUUUUAUGUUGCUGCCUCCAGUUCUUCUACGCAGGUUACAAUUGUGGUUAUUAUUCUUUUGAUAUCUCGCCUUCCAACUUGAGGUUACAUCUCAGAUUUCAGGGAAGCAGGGCUGCCACCACCUGACCACCUUUGAUCGUACUAGCUAGCCAUGUAAAUGGACGUGAGACGAGGGGAAGGGGACAUGCAAGGCAGACAGGAUCAGAAUACUGGGGAGACAGAAGUCAAGCAGCGGCAAUUAGCCCAGGGAAGAGGGGAGCAUGCAGAAAACAUAGCCUAAACCAGGGGCGGGCAGAUGUCAGGCUCCUGGGAUGCACUUUAUCCUUUUACUUCAUACCCGAGAUCUACCAACCCGAGCCGGGUACACAUAGCUGUCAACUUUUCCCUUUUUUAAAGGGAAAUUCCCUUAUUCUGAAUAGGAUUCCUCGCAAGAAAAGGGAAAAGUUGACAGCUAUGCAGGUACAGAAUGAAAGAGCAGGGCGUCUGUGAGUUCAGGCAUUUGUUUUCAACAACAGAACCGAGCACACAAUCCUUUCUCACCAUAGUCUGCUCUCUUCAUUUCACUAGCCAAACAGAGGUGGAGUGUGGUCGUUCCAUCGGUGCCACUGUUAAAACAAUUGAGAGUCGGAAACUCUGGCCACACCCGUUCCGAAGGGGGGAAAGGUGAGAGGCGGGGAAGGAGCGUGUGGUGUGGGAUGGGGACUGGAACUGGCAGUUUUGCGGCCCUGUGUGCGAGGAGGAAUGGCCACAAAGGAA